AUGCUGCCUCACUCCCUAUUACUCUGCCUCCUCUUCCUCAUCCCAGCCUCCGCCUCCUACACCAACGACGGCUUCACCUACGACGGUUUCUCUAAUGGCGUGCUCCGGCUUGAUGGCGUAGCUUCAAUCGCAAGCAGAGCUCUCAUGCUAACCGAUGGUGUUGCCCGGAGUGUAGGACGCGCUUUCUUCGGAGGCCGGUUUGACUCGAUUUCCUCAUUCUCAACAACCUUCGUGUUCGUCAUUACUUCUGAGUACACUGGUCUCAGCACCCAUGGGCUUGCCUUUACGAUUUCCGCCACGACGGACUCUUUGUUGGAUGCCCUCCCGUCUCAGUACAUGGGCAUGUUCAACCGUGAAAAUGUACGUAAUGUCGCAAAUCGACUCUUUGCUGUCGAGCUUGAUACCGUCCAAAAUCCCGAAUUCAGGGAUAUUAAUGAUAACCAUGUUGGAAUCGAUGUGAACACCUUGGUGUCUAUCAACUCCCACACUGCUGGAUACUACACCCCAGAUGGCACCUUCUCUCCCUUGACACUUAUUAGUGGUAAACCAAUGCAAGUAUGGGUGGACUAUGAUGGCAAUUCACACCACGUGAAUGUCAGUUUAGCACCUUACUUAGAGCACAAGCCUCAACGCCCACUGCUAUCCAGCCCACUCAAUAUUUCAUCUCUUUUGCCAAGCUCAGCAUAUGUUGGCUUUGCCUCUGCAACCGGCCCCGCAAGGUCCAUACACCACAUUAUCGGCUGGAGUUUCAAUCCAAAUGGGGAGGCUAAACCACUUAACUACUCAGUCUUGUCUGAAGUUAUACAAGAUGUUCGACGCGAUGCUCAAAGUCGGUCCCAUAUCCCUAAGGGUGUUCUUAUACCAGUUGUUAUUAUAUCAGUGUUCAUCGCAACUGUUAUUAUUGUUGGUCUUUACGUUUAUAUGAAGAAAGCAAGGGAAAGUGGUGGUUGGGAAAUCGAUUAUGGGUCAUCGUCCUUCACAUAUAAAGAUCUUGCCGCUGCAACCAACGGUUUCAGUGACAGGAUGCUUCUUGGGAAAGGAGGAUUUGGAAAGGUGUACAGAGGGCUGCUACAAAACUCGAAGCAAAAUGUUGCCAUCAAGCGGGUUUCACCAGAGUCAAAGCAGGGGAUGAAGGAAUUCAUAGCUGAGAUAACCAUCCUAGGCCAUCUCCGCCAUCGCAACCUUGUGCAGUUGCUCGGUUAUUCUCGCCACAAGAGCGAGCUCCUUCUGGUUUACGAUUACAUGCCAAAUGGCAGUCUUGAUAGAGUUUUGCAUGGUCGAGAUAAGCAGACUGUAGACUGGGUUCACAGAUUCAACAUCAUAAAAGGCAUUGCGUCUGGUCUUUGCUACCUCCACGAGGAUUGGGAGAAGGUGGUCAUCCAUCGAGACAUCAAAGCGAGCAACGUGCUCCUCGAUAAUGAAAUGAAUGGUAGACUGGGUGAUUUUGGUCUGGCAAGAUUACACAACCAUGGUACAGACGCCCACACCACACAUUUGGCUGGCACCUGGGGGUACAUUGCUCCCGAGCUGGCUAGGCUAGGAAGGGCAACCAAGGCAACUGAUGUCUUUGCAUUUGGUGUCUUCAUGUUGGAGGUUGCUUGUGGGAGGCGUCCAAUACAAGUGAAUGAUUCUGCUGGUGACCCAGUGCUGCUCACAGACUGGGUGGUCGAUGCAUGGGAGAGCGGUUCAAUCCUCAAAACGGUAGACCCGAAAUUAGAAGAUUAUGUCAGGGAGGAAGCAGAGUUAGUGCUAAAGCUUGGCUUGCUCUGCUCACACCCGGUACAAAGUGCUAGGCCAUGCAUGCGCCUAGUGAUGCAAUACCUUGUAAAGGAUGUGCUACUCCCGGAUUUCCAAUCAAGUUUUUUGACUGUUACUAGCAGGGAUGAAGAAUUUGGGCAGUAUAUCCUGUCAUGCCCAUCUGUGGCGGCGACCAUAACAGGACUUUCUGGAGGAAGAUGA